UGCCUUCGUCAGUCUCCCUGCAGUCUCACCCUGAGAACAUGGCAUUCAAGGUAUUUAUACUGGCCGCUCUUGUGGUUGUCGCCAUCGCCCGUCCAGAUAACCCGCCUACAUAUGGCUACUCUGCUCCCACACCCUCUUACGCACCUGCCAAAUACGACUUCAACUAUGCUGUCAACGACCCACCAUCUGGUAACGACUUCGGACAUCAGGAAGCCCGUGAUGGCGACAACACGCAGGGAUCCUACUACGUCCUUCUUCCCGACGGUCGUCUGCAGAGGGUCACCUACACGGUGAAUGGAGACUCCGGUUACGUGGCUGAUGUCACCUACGAAGGAGAGGCUCAGUACUCUACCCCACAGGCCUCCUAUGGUCCUCCUCAGCCUUCCUAUAAGCCACCUAUCCCCUCUUAUGCUUAAAGCAUGAUAGCUAGUGUAAAUAAUAGUCAUAUAUCUAUAUAUAGUUUAUGUUCUCCAUGACUAUUGAUUGACCGAGGUUAUAUGUAUAUAUUACUUAUUAAAAAAGAAGACUUACA